GAAAAGAGUGCGGACAAAGACAAGCGAAGAUCAGUGUUUUGUUUGGGUGACGUGCACUAAGAGAUCUCCAUUGCAGUUCGUGGCUAACAUACUUUUUCUAGCUCUCCAAAACUCUUAUUCAUAUUCUUCAUCAGGUGAAGGACGUCUUUCGUUUACUACAAUCACACUAGUCGUGAGUGGAACGGGAUAAUUUUCACCAGUCUGAAGUAAAUUUUAGGCCGCACCAGUCACCAUCACAAUGGCAACAUCAUCAAAGAAAAAGACAAUGACGAAGCAGGAGCUGAAAGGCCAUGUUGACAAAGCAGAGAUGGAUCUCAGCCUGUGUGAGCUCUCCACCAUUCCUGUCCGUGAUAUGCUCACUUACACAAGGGUGACCGUGUUGGAUCUGGCAUGCAACAAGCUGGAGGAAUUGCCUGAAGAACUGUGUGAGAUGCGGCAACUGCAGAGGCUUGACCUCAGCAAAAAUGUACUCAUCUUCCUGCCCCAGGCCAUUGGCCGUCUAGAGAAGCUGCGACAGCUGGAUCUGUUCAGCAACCGCCUCUCCUCGCUGCCCCUGAGCUUUAGUCAGUUGGCGCAGCUGAAGUGGCUAGACCUCAAGAACAACAUGUUAGAUUCGCAGAUCGCCGGUGUGGCGGGUACCUGUGUGGAUGAGCGCGAGUGCGAGGAAUGUGCUACCAAUGUUGUGAGAUUCAUCAAGACGAAGGCGGCAGAAGCAGAGCGGGCGCGUCAGGAGAACAUCAUGCGAGAAAAGCGAGCAUUGGAGCUACAGCGAGAGCUCACUGAGAAGGAGAAUGCUGAGCGCCGGCGACAGAAGCAGGAGUUGAAGCAGAGGCGACGGGAAGAGAGGGAAGCGGAGCUUCGACAGAGGAAAGUCGAUACUGGCGAGCAAGAAAAGUCCAACGACCCGUAUCUGGAACGGUCGCAGAGCGCAAGCAAGGAAAGGCAUGCUGAACAGCAAGGAUCAUGCAGCUGUCUACUGUGGAUACUCAUGUUGUUUGUGGUGCUACUCGCGGCGCUUGGCGGGGCAUACGCGUUUUACUGCAUGCCCGACGAUCGAGUGUGCCGCGAACAGCUCACAAAGUACUCGCAACAGGGGACAGAAUUCAUGGACAGGUUUGUUGAACAGUUGAAGCUAUCCAUUGAAAGCUUGAAGCGGAAGUUAACGUAACAACAUAGGUACUAGGCUGCAGGACAAGUCGGCACAACUUAGUGCUUCUUGAUUGAAUUUUUACUCCACUCUACUUUUUUUGUCAAUAGGUUUUUGUUCUCGUCCCGCGUUCCAUGGCAUUGCGCCUCCCGUUACUCUUCAUGCUGGUACUCCUUGCUUGUAUGCUGAUCUACGCUUCUGGUAAGCCCUGGCAUAGUUACUGACUCACUCAGUGCCCUUCCGCUGCCUGAUAACAUGGCAGCUGGUGUACGAUCAGCUGUCAGGUGGCAGCACAGUGCACCCGGGCACAAAAGCAGGCAUUGAAGGCAUCCGUGUUAUGAUUUGAUUUAUUUUGAUUUAUUUAGAAAUUUUCUCCUGCUGUGCAGAUAUGGCGUAUAUCCGCCGCCCCUUCA